AUGAAGUUGAUAACUCGAUUGAUAGGCUUUCUGGAAUCCAGCUCAAAUGUUUGCUUGCUCUUAUGGAUGACUUUAUGUGUGGUGAUCUAUGCCUUUCUGCCGGAUAGUCCUCGUUUUGUGGCCCAGCAGGAGAUCCCGGUGGAUCUGAGCAGUGCGUACAGUGAAGAUCCGCAACAGUUGAUCGAUUUGCACAAUUUUAAAUAUGUUAUUGAGCAACCUUCGUGUGCGUCCUAUGUCCAGGCGCUCAUCAUGGUGCACUCGGCGCCAGGCAACUUUGAGAAACGCUCAGUGAUACGUCAAACCUGGGGUCAAGUGUCGGCUAUAGCCCCUAAUUCCCCACUUCGUUUCAUGUUCCUUGUCGGUGCCGUUGAGCACUCUGAGCUGCAGUCGUCGCUGCUGGCGGAACACGCGCUCCACAACGACUUGUUGCAGGGCAACUUCUUGGAUGGCUACUACAAUCUCACCUAUAAGCAUGUGAUGGCACUUAAAUGGUUUCACACUCGCUGCGAACAAGCGCAGCUGCUGGUCAAAGUGGAUGAUGACAUUUUUGUCAAUACGCCGCAGCUGCUGCAGCAUCUAAGCCAUCCAUUCUCACCAGACAAUCCACUCGCCAUUCAUCCCUCUCAGCAGUUGCUGCUGUGUGCCAUCAAUAAGAAGGAUCGUGUGGCACGUUCAUAUUCCUCCAAGUGGCGUGUCAGUUUUCGGGAAUAUUCUGGUCGUUACUAUCCGCCCUUCUGUCCGGGCUUUGCACUCUUCUACUCCUCGGAGGUAGUCAAGCGCCUCUAUAUGGCUGCUCAACGCUCCAACUUUUUUGGACUGGAUGAUGUUCUAAUUACCGGCCUACUUUCCAAGCGCUGCAAUAUCACCUUAACAGAUCUCACGUCUUACGUUCUAUAUCCGGAUAAAUUAAAGCUACUGCUUAAUGGACGCUGGGAACCAGAACAGUUUUUGGUUUCCUGGCACAAAAUGUCCUCGCAACAAUUAUUUGGACUGUGGCAACUGUAUGGCUUAGCUAAUACAACAAACACAAGGGCAUAA